AUGGAUUGUUUCUAUCCAAAAACCCACCUUUUGUCCGCCAUCCUCGCAAGCGCCUUUGCUCAGCGUCAGUGGCCCGAACGAAAGAGGGAAUCGAAAGAGAAACCAGCCUCCCGAGAGCCCCUUAAUCAUUUGAUGCUGACCGAGUUUGUAGGAGGAAAUAAAAGUCGGUUGAGCGGAAUACAUGAAUCGGCUGAGCUUUCGAUUGGGACGAGGUGGCAAGACGGUGCGUUUUCCGAUGAGGCCAAUCGGCCACUCCCUUCCGCACAAACCCUUCUUUGCAACGGACAGAAUGGCAACCUUGCCAGGCUGGGUGGUACCAGACGAGUUCUAGCACACAACCAAGCGAAAAAAGGCUUCGUUCUACUCUCCCUCGGAAAUUAUAUCUCCUCCCGGCUCGACUGA